CGAAUUCCAGUACUUCAGCAACUGUACCUCUUCUCAUCAGUUGGAAAAGUGGACGAUCUAGUGGACAGUACUUGGAAGACGCCGAUCGAGAGAUGUCCGGCCAUAUAUUCCGUCUCCCACUCACCUUAUUUGUGUGUCCCCUUAGGUUCCCACAGUGCCCUCCGGACUGCAGGACAACUGUAUGCUGCUGCGCGACAUCUCCUCGUUGAGCUCUCUCGAGAUCUCGAUAACACAGCGCGAUUUCUACAGAAACGCCUGUGUUCGGCCUCGUUUCACUUAUGCCACACUGAUUCGUCAGGCGAUUCUCGAGUCGGCUGCCAAGCAAUUGUCACUGAGUGA